AUGCCGGUGCGAACCGAUUUGGUGUCGGACGAAAAAGUGGCCGUUAAGCUCGUGCACAUCAGAGGAGACCCCGAGCUCCUGCGGCUUGAAAAAGAUAUCUAUAGAGAUCUUGCGGGUGGCGUCGGAGUACCGGAGAUCACAUGGUUUGGGGAGGAAUGUGACUACUAUUGCUUGGUCUGUGAGCUUCUGGGGCCAUCGCUUGAGGAUCUUUUCAAUUACUGCGACCGGAAAUUCUCGCUCAAGACUGUUCUGCUCCUAGCCGACCAGGCUAUCGCUCGGGUCAAGCAUUUCCAUGACAAAGGGUAUUUACACCGCGAUUUCAAGCCAGAGAAUAUGCUUAUGGGGAGCGGUAAGAGAGGCAACAUAUUGUAUAUUAUUGACUUUGGCUUGGCCAGAGAGUGUCAUGAUACGGACCGGUAUAUGGGGUUCGAGAACAUCCCGUUUGGCGGCACUGCUCGAUAUGCUAGCCUGAACAACCACAAUGGUCGAGAACAGUCUUGGGGCGAUGACUUGGAGUCGCUGGGAUAUGUGCUACUAUAUCUCGCGCGUGGCUCACUGCCAUGGCAAGGCAUGGAAGUGGAGGAUGGCGAAGACAAGAACAAGAUGAUUGGGGAAAUGAAGCUAACGGUACCGGUUGAAACGCUCUGUGAAGGACUGCCCGAAGAGUUCGCAACAUACAUUACAUACACUCGGUCGCUUGGGUUCCAGGAGAAGCCCAAGUACGCCUACCUUCGCUGCCUAUUCCGUCGCGCCUUCUCAGCUCUUGGUUUCCAGUACGAUAACGUAUUUGAUUGGACAGAAAAGCUAUAUUAUGAGCUGCAAGCCGAAAUGCAAGACAAAAUACAACGCAAGAUACAACGCGACAUGGAAGGCGAGCUUCAACGCGACAUUGAGCGGUUACGACUGCCGGGAGAUGACACGUCCAGCGUGAAGAGGCGGACACGAGGCACCUGGGAUGAGAGGCGUCACUUUGCUAUACGAAGGACACAAUGA